AUGACUACAAAGACUCGUUCUGUGUCUUUUUCGCUUCUUCCUGGCUGCUCAUGGAAAUGCAAUUAUAGCCAUCGUUGCCAGCAAAAGCUAAAGGACAUGUGCCAGCACCACAAAGAAGAAAGAGAAAAUAUUACGUUUUGAAAUUCUUUGGUGAUAACACGGCGUAUACGCAAUGUCAUACUCCGAGGUAACCUCAGGCAAUCAGCGUCAGGCUGGCAAUUUACAAUGUUUGCCGUGUUCCCCCAGAUGGAAGAUAUCAGAUGGCACAGCACCGCUGCACUCAGUCGCUGACACUGAUAAUUCAGUUGGCGAUACACUUGUUACCCCCUGUUCGCCCCUGACCGCCCAGUCGAGCCAGGCCACCCACCACCCAACCACCCACCUCUCGAACACAUUGUUGACCUAUAUUUGGGCAUCAAUGAAACGCGAGCAGAUGUGGAGAACAAAGCGAAAUGGGGAAAAAACAAGCAGCGCGCUUUCAAUGCUAUUGAUAACACCAGAAAGCCCUGGAAGGAUAAAAACAGCUGGAGAAGCUCCAGAAGCGAAAGCGAGAGCGGAACCGAGUGACAAAGGAACAGGCGAAGCGACUGAAAUGGGGAAAAAGGGUGUCAAUGGAAGUCCCCAAAUUGAACCCCAUAGAUACACUAUCUCUCUCUCUGUUUCUGGCACUCUCUGGACUGCUCUCCGAAGGAGCCGUGGCGGCGAAAAUUCUCAACUUAGAGGAGUAGAGUCCAUUGGAGGCGGCAAGCGGCUGGCUGUCAGCUUUUAAAUUUCAAUCCAGUUCGAGUCAGCCAGCGGAGUGAACGCUUCUCCCAACUGCUCUCCCGCUUCUCUCGCGCGUUGCGAAGUUAACGGUUAACUUGAAUUAUAAAUUUUAUUAAAAUUCCAUUCUUUAAC